GCGUCUUUCCGCAACCCGAUAACCUGGAUGCAAGAACAGCUCAUGCCCAAGGUCCGCGAGAAAGCUACGAAGGAGGAGAUUGAAGCCUCGCGCAAGGAGAUGGCACAGCGGGGGGAGGGAGGUGUUCUUGAUGCGUUACCUGCCCCUGAGGUUAUUGAAGCACCGGGCAAGAGGGCGGAGGCUGGUUCAUCACGGAAAGUGCAUACCGAGCACAAAUACUCGACCGCAAACUUCAAGAUAUCCCACCGCAAGCUGAACAAGCUCGGGCAGCAAAUUGCGGGGAAGCCGAUCGACUGGGCAAUUAUGCAGAUGGAGUUUAGCGAGAAGCGGGCGAGUAAGCGGAUAAAAAGCAUGUUGGUCACGGCAAAGCACCAUGCUUCGCUUUACAAGAGUCUCGACGACAAGAAGCUUGUAGUAGCGGAGGCCUGGGUCACAAAGGGCCCUCGGAGUCAGAAGCGGAUAGACAUCAAAGGGCGUGGCCGUUUUGGUAUUAAGGUGCACCCAGACUCGAGAAUGCACGUCGUAUUGAAGGAGGGCGAGACUUGGGCUGAAAAGGCUGAGAAGGAGCGGCAGAGGAAGCUGAAGAGGAUUGUUUCUGCCGGUCUGGUCAGGGAAGACGUGCCAUUGCGGAAUCCACGUCCCAUGUGGGCUUGGUAG